GGCCUCCGGUCGCUCGUGAGUCGCUUCGACAAAGACAAAAGGCUCACCUUCAUCAAUCACAAUCACGAUCGUAUCAAGUUUCCCUACGCGUUGUGUGCCUCUGAGCACCACAUAACUCGACCAGAUGUAGUUGCUUCGCUUCCGGGCAAGACAUCGGUCGGUUCUCAUCCCGACUACUGGAGGGAUAUCUCGCUUGUCGCCGAGGUCAAGCUGGAGGAAAGCGAGGAUCCGAUGAAGUCGUACUCUCAGGAGCACGAAAACACGCUGAUUCAACUGUCGAAGAGUGCUCGCAACCUCCUCGUGUCACAGAGCCGGUUGUUCGUCUUCGUCAUUGGUGUCUACGGUAGACUAGCCCGGAUCUUUCGCUUCGACCACGGCGGUGCUGUGUGCUCUCGCGCAUUCGACUAUACGACUCUCCAGGGCAGCCGUCAAUUUCACGAAUUCCUCUAUCGAUUUACCCAUCCACUACUUGAGAAGUGCAACGUCGUUGGCGCCGAUCCGACCGUUGUCCUCGUCAGCCCGGAGGAGGGUGCGGACAUAGCUCAAAGGCUCCGCGACGUUGGUGUCGACCACGAGGACUCGGACGAAGCCAAGAAGGCCUAUCGCUAUGUCACACUCAGUCUCUCCGAAAGAUCAGAGAAGACGUACCUCGCCUACGACUUGGUGUUCAUCAAUCCCCAUCUCUUCUCUCGCGCGACGACGGUUUGGGAGGCCAUCGAGGUUGAUUCAGAACGCAUGCCCACCGGACGACCUGUCAUUAUCAAGGAUUCCUGGCGACAACUGGUCCGACAGCUGGAGAGUGACAAUUACAAG